CUGACAACCUGACCCGCCGGUACCACUCGUAACUCGUUACGAACCUACCAGCUUCGGUGCCCACCGAACUAAAUCAACGGUCCAGAUCAACCUUACGAUUUCAACGGCUGAGAUCCGAACACCAAGGGCCUUUUGUUUCGCCAAGUAUAUAGGGGGAGAGAGAGAGAGAUUCAGGGGAAAGGAAAGGAAAAGAAAAGAAAAGAAAAGAAAAAGGUUUUCCAUUCACUUCCUCGCCCUUUCUUUCUCAGUUUUACCUUUGCUUGGGGAGAGUUCUUAGGGUUUUGGAAGGGGUUUUUGGAAGGAAUUCGAUUGCCAUGGCUGAGCAUCACGAGAAGAAGGAGGAGUCGCUGCUUGAUAAGAUAGCGGACAAGAUCCACGGUGGCGAUGGCUCUUCCUCGUCGUCGUCCGACUCCGAUCACGACGACCACCCCAAGAAGUCGUCCUCACCGGCUUCUCCCUCGUCGAUGAAGUCCAAAAUUAAACGUCUCUUUGGCCGCGAGCAGCCGGUGCACAAGGUUCUCGGUGGUGGCAAACCUGCGGAUGUUUUCCUGUGGAGGAACAAGAAGAUCUCUGGAGGAGUGCUUGGCGGAGCAACUGCUGCGUGGGUGCUCUUUGAAUUGCUCGAGUACCACCUUCUCACUCUGGUCUGCCAUGCCCUGAUCCUUGCACUCGCUGUUUUGUUUCUGUGGUCCAAUGCCUCCACCUUCAUCAACAAAACCCCUCCACGAAUUCCACAGGUCCAUCUCCCUGAAGACCCAGUUCUGCAAUUCGCUGCUGCACUUAGGAAUGAGAUCAAUCGUGGCUUGGCUACCCUUCGCGAGGUUGCAUCCGGGAGGGAUCUGAAGAAGUUCCUUGCUAUAAUUGCUGGUUUGUGGGUCUUGUCUAUCGUGGGAAGCUGGUGCAACUUCUUGACUCUGUUCUACAUUGUUUUUGUGCUGCUCCACACAGUGCCAGUUUUCUAUGAGAAGUAUGAAGACAAGGUGGAUGCCUUGGGCGAGAAGGCUUGGAUUGAGAUCAAGAAACAGUGGGCAGUGUUUGAUGCCAAGGUGCUAAGUAAGAUUCCUAAAGGCCCAUUGAAGGACAAGAAGAAGGCUUAAAUGAACAGGUUGGGGCGCUUCUACAUUUGUGGUGCUUAUUCCGUGAGAGUAGUGACACAAGAUUUGUUGGCCUGCAUUUUGUGAAGGGAGUUAUUUGUGGUAAAACUUUGGCCAGUACUAGUGCAUAGAUCAUCAUCCCCAUCUCCCCCCCUGUGUUGUUACUUUUGCCCAGUAGGUUGGUUUGGUUGGGUUUUAGAAUGUGGAUGAGAAAACGUGGGGAAGUAAUAUACUUCUGUGGACGUCUAUGUUCAUAUAAGCAGCUUGUAUGGAAAUUCUAAUCUUUGUUUGAUAUGGAAAUUCUCUGCUUGUACAUCGAGGUUCUACUCUCCAGUGGUGUGUUAAGAUCAUGGUUCUAUAGUAUAACUGUAUUAACUGAUUGUUUUUAACACAACAAUAAUUUCAAUAGCAAGGAAAACAACAGCAAGCAAAAAUCAGUCUGACAUGGCGAGCUCAACUCAUGUCAUUCCCCUACAGACGGGGGAGCUGGCUGCAGACAUUUAUCUGAUUGGCUUUGCUAUCUUCAUCAGUACUAUCAUCAUCUAUGCACAUACAUACAUACAUACAUAAUGGUGUUUUACAAAAUCAAAGUAACCCACAAUUUUGGCUUUGCACAGAACUAAACCCCCUAGUUCCUU